GUUGCAAAACAGAAGACAUGGAACAAGAAGGCCCCCUUUUCAUCCUUGGAGUUUUCUUUGUUUUGGGGAUCGUUGCUUUAACUGUUGUCGCAGUGCUACAGAAUAAACCUCUCCCGGAGAAUCUUAAGUAUGGUAUUGUGCUAGAUGCUGGAUCCUCACACACCAGUGUAUACAUCUAUCGAUGGCCAGCGGAGAAGGAAAAUGACACAGGCGUUGUUCAACAAGUAGAAGAAUGUAAAGUAGAAGGCAAUGGUAUAUCUAGCUACCAUGAGAAGCCGGUGGAGGCUGGCCUCUCUCUGCAGGCAUGUAUGAACAAAGCACGAGACAUUAUUCCAGUGAGUAAGCACAAAGAGACUCCCGUGUACUUAGGAGCCACUGCUGGAAUGCGGCUACUCAGGCUUACGAACUCCAGGGUGGCAGAUGAGGUCCUCGCAUCUGUAGAAAACACAUUACGAUCGUCUCCCUUUGAUUUUCAAGGUGCCAGAAUAAUUACAGGACAAGAAGAGGGGGCCUAUGGCUGGAUCACAAUUAACUAUCUGCUAGGAAACUUCAUACAUAGUUCACCUUGGUUCAACAUUAUGCCAAAUUCCAAAGAAGGAACUUCGGGUGCUUUGGACCUCGGAGGGGCCUCCACACAGAUCACGUUUGUCUCCGAUGAAAAUAUCGAAUCGCAGGAUAACUCUCUACGCUUCCGCUUGUAUGGGAAAUCUUAUAACGUCUAUACACACAGCUUCCUGUGCUAUGGGAAAGACCAGGCUCUCCGUCUACAGCUGGCCAACACUAUGACGGGACAGAACAUCACCCUCCUGGACCCGUGCUUCAACUCAGGGUAUAUGCGGAAUGUCAGCACAGCGGACCUCUACAGCAGCCCCUGUGUAUCUGGCCUGAGGAUCCUCACAGCUCCGCAAACCAUUCAAAUCCAGGGGACAGGCAACUACCAGCUAUGCAAGAACAAAGUCCAGACUAUUUUCAACGUGUCCCACUGUAGCUAUUCUCGGUGUUCGUUUAAUGGGAUUUUCCAGCCAGGGCUGCAAGGAGAGUUUGGGGCCUUCUCUGCAUUUUAUUUUGUUAUGGACUUUUUAAAACUCACCAAGGAAAAAGUUUCUCUGGACAGUGUGAAGGACACAGUGGAGAGACAUUGUUCUAAACCAUGGGCUGAGGUAAAGAGAGAGUCUGGCAGGAUAAAGGAGAAGUAUCUCAGUGAAUAUUGUUUCUCUGGAGUCUACAUUCUUAGCCUUCUGGAUCUGUAUGGCUUUAACUCUAGCAGCUGGGAGGACAUCACAUUCUUGGGCAAGAUCCACGGUAGCGAUGCCGGAUGGACUCUGGGCUACAUGCUGAACCUGACCAAUAUGAUCCCAGCUGAGCUCCCCCCUUCCCCUCCGCUGUCACAUGGUGGAUAUGUCGGACUCAUGGUCUUCUUCUCUGUUUUCUUAUUAUUCAUCCUUUUGACUUGCUGGCUGACAUUCCGAAAACCAAAAUGUCUACAGAAGGGCAUAAUCUAG